CCUACACAACCGUGCGCUAGUAUGGGCUGUCAAGAUGCAGCUGCAGCAGGAGAAGGGCCUCCUCGCCACAAAACAAACAGUCAUUCAUUCAUCAGUCGACCAAUAUGGAGGACAACCGCACACUGGCUCAUUACAAUGUCCAGGAGGACGCGACUCUGCACUUGGAUUUUCCGUGAGGACACAAACAAGUCGUCCACUCAUAUUGUGCCCGAGUGCCCUUUCUGUCUUUACUGUAUGGCUUGCAGUGUGCUCACCAGUGGCCGUUACGGUUUCGGGGCGAGCAUCGGUGUGUCGGCCGAGGAGCUGUCAAUGCUGACAGAAAUGGAUGGAAGUAAUGCGGCGCUGGUCGAAGCCUGGCAUGGCAAAGAGCACAUGCUCCAGUGGUCGGCGAGGUGA